AUGUGGGAGGCCUGGAACAGCGACGACCACGCCUCCUUUGGUUGGGCCGUUCACCAUAGUCAGAGAGGCCAAGAGAGAGGAUCGGGGAGGGGAGAAGCAUUGGAUAUCGGUUUACGCUUGAUAGGAAGUCUUGGCACGAGUUUGGGUACUUUGGCGGCAUUCUUCCAGCUUUGUGGUGCGACUAUCCUUUGGAUCAGAGGCUUUACCGCCCUGCCCUCCAUUUCUUAUCCAGGAAUAGCGUAA